UCUUUAGGGGUUUUUCCAUUUCCAUUUCUGAAUUUUUAAACGAAUUAAUGUAUUGGAUUGCAAUUAUUUUACGAAUAAAUGAAAUGUUCAAGACGUACAUAAACAUAGAGUAAUGCAAUUAACGUAUUUCACAAUGACAAAAUGGACGACGGAUACUAUGAAUACUUUUGCAGCUUGGUUCAAUGCAGAUGAAUGACACAGAUGGAAGGCAAAAUCAACAUGUAUUUUGUUGUUGCUGUAUUCAUAAUUGCUUAUUCUGGAGCUGUCGGAGCUCACUUAUGUUCUGCAAUAACCAAAAUUGACUGUACGCAUCCCAGCUUAAAUGCAAGAGUGUGUUUCUGCAGAUGUUUGGAUGCUAAAAUCAACAGAGAAUAUUUGGAAGUUAUAUUCUCACCUUGUGAAAAACUUUUGCAAAAAUGCAAUUUCUAUAAAUUAUGGUUGGAGGUUUGGUUUCAAGAUGAAGAGGAACAAAUCGUCGGCACUACAGAGGUCUACAUUAAUCAUAAAAGUGAAAAUAAAUCGGAGAUAUUUCCUUUGUACGAGUUAACAGAUUCGCUUCAUCAAAAAUUGAAAUUGAACAAACGGUACACAGUAUCGAUUCAACCAAGAUGUACCAGUUGUGAUGAUUUUUGUGAAUUCAUGCCGGAUAUGGAAAUACCACCGGCUGUGGUAACAAGUCCUGCCAGUAUCGAACAUGAGGAUUCAAGAAAAUGGUUGUAUCUGGCAGUUGUUAUGAGCGUUUUUGUUGCAAUAAUGGCCGCAGUUGUUACUUUGAUUUUGGUCUGUAGAUACAAGAAGACUGAUCAAGAUUCACCACUGAACAACAUACACACACAAUAUUCAAGUGUGGGAAAAGACGUCGAAAAUAAACCAACAAUGCACUCAAUGGACCGCAUCGAUAUUCCAUUUUCAAGGCAAAUUCAGAUAAUAUCAGGGCAAGGAGAACAAGAAACCAAACUAAACAAAUCUAAAAAGACCAUAAAUAUUAUAUCAUUGAAUUCUGACAAGAUAUUAAUUCACGAGUUACUAUCAUUCAUACCCACCACUGUUUUCAAGAUUGAAGUAUUAGAUCCUGCAGCCUUUGUCGUUGAAAAUCAAACCGGAUACUCAUUUCACGACAAAAUUUUGGAAAAUAGAACAAACAUAGUCAUUCUUAAUAACAUUGUAGUAAAAGAUAUGUUUUGGAGUUGCAAUAAUAAUGGACCUAUAUCUAAAUGUUUAAUCUUAAUAAAGAAGGUAAUGACAGAUGAAGAUCUUUAUCCUUCUACAUAUUUUAUGUCGUUUGAACCGGAUUUAGAACUACUAAUUCUUAAUUUUGACACUUUUAAUGUUUUCAAGAGCAUUUUACAGAAAUUUGAUGAUCUUUCUGGUACAUGCAAAGAAAGGGUUAAUAAAUUUAAUAAUUUUUUAAAUCGAAUAGAAAGCAAUGAAUUAGUCGGCAUUUAACAGAAUUGUUAAAGACAGCAGAUACAAUGGCAUUUUAUGAAUUUUAAUAUCAGCAUUUAAGAUCUUUCUUAAAUCUAAUUUAUCUUAAAGUCAACCCUUUAUGCUCAGUUUAUUAUUUUAUCUUACUGUAUUAUCAUUGUAACCAAUAAAAACAAAAAAUAUGCUCUAAUGCCUUCUUUCAUUAAUGUGUAAUGCUAUAAUCAGACUGACAUCUAAAACAUUAAAUAGAUAAAAGACUACUUUGCAUUUUUUUAAAUCCGUUUUUCAACGGCUAAUUUAUGUCGUCAGAUUCACAUUUGAUACGUCAUUAAUUUAGAGUUUCACUUGAGUGAUAUGCCACAUUAAAGUCCCAUCGUCUGUACUUUGAACCCAAAAUGAAACUUACCAAAAUUAAACAAACCAUGAAAAUGGAAUAUCGUUCAGAUACAAGUGUAUGGAACGAGGAAACUGAGUGUGAAAAUUUAUAUAGUUAUUUUGUAAUAAAUGUUUACUCUUCGUCGCUAACAAACUGUACUUGCAUCCAAUAAUAAUUUCAAAUUGUGGCGACAAUCAUAUACACCAAUACAAAUAAACACUCCCGAUUAAUCAUUAAAAGUUAUUA